GCGAAAAUUCUAUGUACUCUGAAGUAACUCAGCACAUAAUUAAGUUCUUUUAAGGUUUUAAUAUUUUUUUCACCCAAACAUUAUUUUGAGUACACAACUUAAUGGUGCGGGCAUAUAUCUUUUUGGGGGGGGCGUUUUUGGCUUCCUCUCGAUAGAUUUAGGUCCAUUUUAAUGACACUGACAGACACAACAUGUGGGCUAAACCUAAGGACACACAGCAAUAAAUUCAGGAUUCAUGGACAUGCUAUCAGUUUAUGUACUAGGAAGAAAAGAGUAACUUUUCAUUAUAUGUUAUUUAAAUUAAUUAUGGUAAAACAAUGUUUAUUCAUUUAGUUUUUAAACAUGACGAAAUAUCACACGAGCUGCAAGAAAGUUUUGUCGAAUUCAUAAAAACAAGGAAACGCUUAAAGAGUGAGCUCCUGGCAAUAGCAGAUUACCUUGAGAACCGUAAAGGAAGCAGAAUUUUCAUAUUAACAGCACUCGUUAUAAUUGGUCUUGCCGUUGCCGUAUCCAUCUAUCAUUCCUUACCAUACAUGGCAUUCAUCUUAUUCUUAUUCUUUUUGAUUGCGCUUGUUUUUGUAGUUUAUUCUAACUCUGCCAUAGUAGGAGCCCGGUUGCUUACACUUAAAUAUUUAUACAAUGAGAAGCACGCAAUCACACUCCUUGAAAAAGAGCUAAAAGGUCUGGUGAACAUAAAAACGAUGACAUUUGCGGGGAAAAGAGAAACAAGCAUAAUCAGGAGUGGUGCAAGUGUUAUUGCUAAUUUGUUGAAGUUGAAUAAAGCUGAUGAUGUUACUGAUACAGAUUUUCGUUCUCUUCCCUAUAUCGAGACAGCAUUUGAAAUAAUUGGCUUUUCUGUCAAAUGCUUGACAGAUGAUAUUAUCUCUAUCGGUUCUAAGUUAAUUACCAUUCAUAAUAAUGAAAUACCAAAAAAAGUGAAAUUUAUUCGUGAACUUGCAGUGCAGAUAAAUGUUCCUGACGAGGAAGAAUUCAUAAGAAAGUUUAGAAGCUUGAGAGAGCAGUCAGCUAAUUGAAUUUCCUAACACUGAAUGGCAAUUGUUAGCAGUGAUUGUGCCUUCAAAUGAACCUGGAAAAGAUAUGAACUGAAAGUAAGAUUUUACAGGUGGAAAAAAUCAUGUGACGGAUUGUGGAUAUCCUGAUAGCAACAGUCAAAAAUAUAUUUUUUUAUUCAUUUUUUUUGUUUAAUUAAUAAUAUUUGUCUUUUUAUCAUAAUUAAAAUUAAUAACGUGAACAAUGUGAGUAAGUUAUUUUUAAGACAUAUUAAUGUUUCGUAAUUAUCUAUUCUUAAAAAAUACUUGUGUAAUUUUGUGCAACUUUGUGUAAUUAAACAAACCGGAAAUGUGUUAUUUUAAGAGACAUAUUGAAAUUUUAACCCAGUUCCUUAAGUACUCAUUUUUUCAUACUUUUUUCAUACAACUUUUGGCGAGCACUGAA